AUGUUUCAGGAUGGCAAGACUAUGAGCGACAUGAGAGAAACACUCGGCAAGGAUGGCUUCUUCGUAACCAAACACCAGCUCGAGUACAUCCUUAAGAAAUGGGGCGUUCGCAAGAGAGUACCAAAGACAUUUGGCGACGCUACUUGGAAGUACAUUGGCUACCACUUGCAAAGCGGUAGCCGUCGAGGGAGAAAGACUCAGGUCAUCGUUUCGGGGGAAAUCCAGAACCCCGACAAGGUUUCCAGAGAAACCAGGAGAUACCAGCCGCCUUCGUUGGCAAGCCGUUGGAUGCACUGGAUCAUCCACUACGGCGCAUGCUAUCCUCAGGACGUUCAGCUUGUGUCCUUCGGAUUGGCGGCUAAAGCAGACAUCAACUGGUGUGGGGAGGACGGCCGCACACCCCUGCAGGCGGCUCUGAAUAUGCGCGGAGGCAGUAUGCAUUCGCAAGUAAAUGAUGACUGCCUAGUGGUUGUCAGAAUGCUGCUUUGUUCUGGUGCAUCUCUCAAGGGUGGAGAGGCUGUACAAGCAACGCUCUUGGGCGAAUGGAGACUUGCGGAAGAGAUCAUCUUUUGUGAUAGGAUUGGUGUCGCCCAAAGCCUUUUGGUACCAACCAUCAGUCCUCCGGAACUUGAGGAUGUGGAGGAAUAUCCUGAGAGGAAUCACGUCCACCCUCUCACAAACGAUGGCAUGUCGAUGCUUGAAGCAGCCAUCCUCAGUGGUUGCAACGAAACGUUGAAGAACGUCAUGGCACGAACUCCUGCAGUUUAUGAUGCCGGCAGCCUCUGUGCCGCAGUGUUGAGCACCUCGUCUACUGCGACCAAGCUUAUCAAAGUCCUUCUAAACAGGCGCCCAAAGGAAGUCGAACCGUCGUACCUGGAGGGCUUAGCUAUUGGCAUUGCCGCUUUCUACGAGAAGCAAGAGGUCCUCGACUUGCUUCUAGAUGCCUUCGAAGCGCCAACAUUGGCGGCAUUUCCUGUUGACCCAACAGGUUGGAAGGACACCUGGUCUUCGGAAGACGAGGUCGAAUUUGUUGACACGGAAGGUCCUGGGUCAGAGCACGAGGUGGUUGAUGAACCAACCGAACAGGAUGAUGAGGAGGAUUCAGUCAGUUGCUUACGAGAAGAAGAAGCACCUCAUGCCACCGAGCGGGGAGAUGACCUCCUGGAGCCGGCUCUCGAUGAACGAAGAACUCUGUCCCAGUCACCCAGAGAUGCUCUGUUCACCGACGCCAUGACCAGCGCAAAUGAAGGCCUCUAUGCCGAAAACAGCCGUCGGAGAGAGCUCGAAUGGGGAAUCGCCGAGGAGACUGCAGUUAACAGCACGUCUUACAUCGAUGAGAGAAUAACAUUCAACAACCUGCCGUUCACCAAUGAGGGAUUCACAUUCAACAAUCCGCCAUUGACGAAUGAGGGGGUGGCAGAUCCGGGAAUAAUAUUCAACAACCUGCCGUUCAUCAAUGAGGGAUUCACAUAUAACAAUCCGCUAUUCAAUAAUCAGGGGGUGGCAGAUCUGGAAUUGACGGACUGGGAGCCGACGGACUGGGAGCCAGAUCGGAACUGA